CACUUCGCUAUCAUGCUGCUCUUCUGCCCGGGCUGUGGCAACGGACUGAUCGUGGAGGAGGGCCAGCGCUGUCACCGCUUCGCCUGCAACACCUGUCCCUACGUGCACAACAUCACCCGAAAGGUGACAACCCGGAAGUACCCCAAGCUGAAAGAGGUGGAUGACGUGCUUGGAGGAGCAGCUGCCUGGGAGAAUGUAGACUCCACUGCAGAGCCGUGUCCCAAAUGUGAGCACCCCCGAGCCUACUUCAUGCAGCUGCAGACCCGCUCCGCCGAUGAGCCGAUGACCACCUUCUACAAGUGCUGCAAUGCCCAGUGUGGGCACCGCUGGAGGGACUAAGGCCAGGCUGGUCCGGCAGCAGCCCCGUCUGCUCUUGUGUGGCCCCAUGGACCCAUGGUCUUGGGCCUGAAGGCACACAGACCCUCUAGGGGUGAAGAGACUGGGCGUGAGGACAUGCAGCCCAUGUGCAGUCAGGGUGGGCGACUUCAUUUCGUCCAGAGAGUUCUUGUUGCACGAGCGGACACCCGCCACUACGUCUGCCAUGUGUAAGGUCUGGGCAGCUGACUCCUUCCUUCGCCGCUGUCUGGGCUCGUCAGUGUCCAUACUGUCCGUGCAAAUCGGAAAGCGGAGCCCUCAGCCUAGAACCUGACAUCUGCCUCCACCGCGAAGCGUUCCUUGGGAACCUGUUUAAUAAAGAUGUAGUCUGAAUAUUAA